CCAAGGACGUCGAGGGAAUAAUUAAUUAUACCUAAUUAUUUUGUGCUAGGGAACUUGGCCAGCUUGGUAACAAUCCAAAAGUCCGUGUCGCGGCUUGGACGAAUAGAAUGUCUUGUUGAUGAGGACCAAUAACCUACCUGGCAGUCUGAGCAGCUAGGACAAGGGUCUAAGGCUGGAUAUUGAGCUGAUCAACAUACAUAGGUAGACUCCCCUCCCCUGUCGAGCCAUGGAACCGGAUACAUACUUGUAACACGACCUCUGCCGUAUAAACUUUAGCAGCCCGUAACAGGCCGUAGUUAACCAAAUAUAGUCAUGAUGGACAUUGUGUAAUAUGGGGCGCUGUUUCGUCCAUGCACGAUGUCCUCUCUUAUUAUUGGACACGACAGCUGGCUUUUGACAGGCCUUUAAGGCUGAAGGAAAAGUAAAUUACCGGUGUUGUUGCUGCUGCGGUGACGGUCUUCUCCGUGUUCACUGAUUCAUUCAGGCACCGUUUUUUUCUUUCUCAAUUCUCAUUUUUUCCCUCUUUUCAAUCUUUUUGUUUUUUUUCCUAUCUUGUAGCGUCCGACCAACCCCUCUUAAGCGGUCCUCACCGCCGAGCGUUGCGAACGCGACUAGUUAGUUAGAAGUCCUGGAUUGUCGAGUCGAGUAUCCACCGCACUACACUAUACCGCACCUAAAUAACAAGCAGCCAGCCGGUCAGGAUGAGGUGGUUCCUGACGUUACCGACCUCGCUGUUGCUCAGCAUCGCGUUGCAAACCCAAGUUUCAUUGGCCAUUGUUAACGACUUCUCGGCGUACCCCGAGGACUCGCAGCAAUGCCUAAACGACGCGGCCGACGCCAGCAAAUGCACGGGUAACACGGGAAACGAAAUGAACAGGUGCCUGUGUGCCAAUAAGGGAAACUUCAUCUACAAUACCGCCGAGUGUGUCGCCAAAGAAAGUCCCGCCGAUCUUAAUGCCGUCUACGAUACCAUGGAGUUCAACUGCGCCGGCACGGGCGUCACCAUCGCCGUCUCCAAGCAGGCCUUCCUCUCACAAGCCGCCGCCGCCACCGCCACCGCAACGACGUCUUCCGCUACGCCAACAUCUACUUCGCCAACAUCCACCUUGCCAACUUCCGCCUCGCCGACUUCCGCAUCGGAUUCUCCCACGGCAUCACCCACAUCCUCCGACUCCCCCUCCGGAGGCAGCACCCUCUCCUCAGGCGCCAAGCUCGGAUUAGGCGUAGGCAUCGGCUUCGGUAGCGCAGCGCUCGGCCUGCUAGGCUGGUUCGUAUUCGCAUACUCGCGCCGUCGGCGGGCAGACCCGGCCGCCGCCGCCGCCGCCGCCGCCAACAACUCGCCACACCAGCACGACGUGGAGCUCUCGCCCAACGCAGCCUACACCAUGCACAACAACGGCAGCAGCCUGUACGCGCCGUCGCCGCUAACGCCCUCGCCCGCGUACGCGCACUACAACACCCAGUUCGGCGGCGUCGCGGAACUAAGCCCCGCGACCGUGCAUAGCGGGUGCAAGGAACUGCCCGCCGACUACUACGGCGGCGGGGAUAAGAAAAACGGCAGUGGAGGAGGAACUGGCGGGGGUUACAAUUACAAGCGCUCCUCCGGCGUGCCGCUUCUCGCAGAACUAGAAGACGGCCGCGCGAGCUCGCCGGCGCCCGUCGAGUUGCCGGGGAGCGAGGUAUACAACGAUACUAGCAGCGUGCAUACGCCGACGCGUAAUUCGCAGAGCCCGGAGGGCGGAUAUCGGGAUCAGGGGCUGGGGAAUGGACAUGGAGCAGGAUGAUGAGAUGAGAUGAGAUGAGAUGAGAUGAGACGAGAGAUGGAUGUGAUGAGUUGAGUUGAGUUGCGCUGAGUUGAGUUGAGAAAAAGAAAAAAAGAAGAAAGAGCGUUCCGAUACCGAAUAUCCGAAUACUAAUGCCCACAUUGAGUUUCAAUUCAUUCCGACGUGCAGGAUUCCAACGCGCCAAGAUGACUAAUACAUCUAGUUCAUAUUUACAUAUUACAUAUUACGUAUAUAUACCUACCUAACCUAACUUAUCUACGAUAUAAGCCGAUACAAACCUAUUGACGUAAUGACAUUGGACGAGGUCGGCGAUAUAACGGACAUUUACAUUUACCAAAUUAAACAUAUCAAGUGCGCAGAGCACAGCAGCGAGACUACGAUUCGAGAAAGAUUAUCAUAUCAUAUCAUAUUAUACCAUAUUAUACCAUUAUUAUAAAGGCAGCGUCCCUGAGUCUAAAGAAAAAGAAAAAGGGAAACAUAUACACAUAAGUAUGUUAGGGUAUAUAUUGCUAUACAGUUUGCAUAUAUUUCUUUUGUAGCGUGCAUAUACGAGUGGGAAUAGGCAGUUGGCUGAAACCGCUUUGUUCCCGAGAUAUAUAUAUAUUAUAGUUAUUACUACAUAGAAAUUAUCGUCGUACAGUUUUC